AAAUUGAACCAUCCCUUUUUAUGUAUAAAUCAAUUAGCUGUCAAAAGGGUUCUCUCCUUUUUUCUCAGCUGUUGAAAUCAAAUCAGAAAAUUGCAGAAAAGCAUCAAAGUAUAUAUAAAAAAGGGGAUUUUAGAUGCUUUGUGGAUCAGAAAAUGGAUUUUGUUAAGUUAUAUUAUCAAUUUUGCUUCCUUGUUUGUCCUUUUCCCCAACUAGUUGAGAGUUAAAUUAUCCAAAUUGGUACUUUAGGGUUUUGAUCGGGGGGAUUGAUGAGCACUAUGAAUCUGGCGGUGGUUCUGGUGGCGGUGGCGGUGGUUCUGUUCGGCCGAUUUUGCAUCACCAAGGCCAAUGUGGUGCUGAUGGGGAACAACGUCACUCUCUCUUUCGACGACAAGGAAGCUACUUUUGCUCCGGAGGUUAAGGGUUCCGGGGAAUGCGGAGUAUUGUAUUUGGCCGAGCCUCCUCAUGCGUGCUCGACAUUGACUAAUCAAGUCGAACAAGGCACGAAUUAUAGCUCCCCCUUCGUUUUGAUCGUAAGAGGAGGGUGUAGUUUUGAGGAUAAAGUUAGAAGAGCACAAAAGGCCGGCUUCAAAGCUGCAAUUAUCUACGACAAUGAAGAUAGCAACAUCUUGGUUUCAAAAACUGUAAUUCCCUUUUGUGUGGAAAAUACAGUGGCAGGAAGCUCAGCUGGUAUAAAAAUAUACGCCGUGUUCGUUUCGAAAACUUCUGGUGAACUACUAAAGAAGUACAUUGGACUUACUAACAUGGAGCUGUGGCUAAUUGCAAGCUUUGAGAAUACAGCAUGGUCAAUCAUGGCAAUCUCUUUCAUUUCAUUGCUUGCCAUGUCUGCAGUGCUGGCUACUUGUUUUUUCGUUCGCAGGCAUCGAAUAAGACGAGAGAGGCCUCAAGCUUUUCGUGUCCAAGAAUUUCAUGGGAUGAGCAAACGCUUAGUAAAAGCAAUGCCAAGUUUGAAAUUUACCACUGUUUUAGAGGACAACUGCACAUCAAGCACAUGUGCUAUAUGUCUUGAGGACUAUAACUUUGGAGAAAAACUCAGGAUUCUGCCAUGUCGCCAUAAGUUUCAUGCUUUCUGUGUGGAUUCUUGGCUUACUUCAUGGAGAACCUUUUGUCCAGUUUGCAAGCGUGAUGCAAGAGCUAAUACGGGUGAUCUACCCGCUUCAGAAUCCACACCAUUGCUUUCGUCCGGCCCAUCCUCCGUGGCAUCUUCCGUACUUUCAUCUAUGAGAUCAUCAAUAGCAUCAUCUUCAGCAAUACAGAUAGGACCAUCAUUGUCACGGAACCCUUCAUUGUCUCAUUCUCACUCUUAUGCUAGCACAGGUCACAUUCAGCAGUCUCUUAGGUCCUCCUAUCGCCAGUCCCCUUCUAUUAGUGCAAGCAGAAGUUCAAUGGACCUCCGAAAUGCCUCGUCUCAAAGGUCCCAUGUUUCCUAUUUUGUUUCACCCCAUUCCAUGGGUUACCCAACUUUAUUACCCCCGAAUUCAAGAUACAUGUCUGUUGGACACAUUCCAAGCCCUAGCAAUGCAUCACCAAGCUACAUGAGCUCUUCCAAUCAUCGACAGCAUCCACUACAUUGUAGUGAAUCAGCUGCAACGUUUUCUCCUUUUUCUUCUGCUCAAUCUCUUCCUGAAUGCUGAUCAAGAUUUAUGAAAUAGCUCGAGAGGGAGGUGAACCAAGAUGCUUUUCUCCACUCUGACCUCACCUUGUUGCGGUAUCGUGAUUGAGGUCUAUGAAUGAUGUGAAUGCUUGCUAUAUGCUAGAAUUCACACCUGAAAUGUUUCUUGUUACCACCUCACAUGUAUAUUAAACCAUGUAUAUAGUUUUAAUUUGCAAGAUAUGUUUAGUCAUAUAUCAGAUGUUUAUCAGUCGCAAAGUCAAGGAGUGAGUUGUGGUGUGCUGUGUUGGAUGUUGCAUUUGAUAAUCGGCAGUGGUGGAUACUAUUAGGGAGCGUUUGGGAUUUCUUUCCAGAAUAACUUAUGUUUAAAAUUUGAUCAUCAAAUGGUUUGGUAAAGUUGUAAAAAGUUGCUUUAAAAAUUAAAACUUAUGGAGCCUGCAAAAGCACUUUUAAUUAAGUGACAGUCCACAUCCCUCCAAUUUUGUUUUUUAUCUUUACUGGGUUUGGUGUAGCUUUCACUAGUUAGCAGUCGACUCCUUUAUCUUCAGAUUGCAGCUGCAGACCUCUAGGCUCUCAUCUGAGAAAUUUUACUGCUAACGGCGACUACCUGCUCAUCAAGUCAUCACUCAUCUGCAAAGCUUUAUAUAUGAAGCAUAUACACCGAUGGAAAAGGAAUAACGAUGUGGAAAAUGGAUCAAAAGUUAUGGCUCUUUGGAAUAGUCGUAAACUCGUAAUAUAGCUAUAUUACGUGAUGGGUAUCAAGGAGGCGGUGGCAGGAAAUCGUUGUGGCACAUAUCUUAAGAAGAAGGGAUUGGAAAAUUCAAGGACCAACUGCACUAAGAAGACAGAAAAGAAUCCCAAAUUGAACAGAAAUAUCAAAUACGGAUACUUUGGUUCUUACAAAGUUUCAUGAACUCAUUGCGAUUCCAGGCAUGGUUAUGUUAAAGUCCAUGAAAUUUGUUCGAGUGGUAGAAGGCUGCAACAAGAUCUCUGAUGCUCUUAACGAGAUAUUUUACAGGUAUAAAUUACACCACGGGCACUAUUCGUACCUCCAGGCCAGAGACAAUAGACGCGGCAACUAGCAUCCCAUGAAGAUCUCUUUGGCAGGGAAUGGGUUCAAUUUGGAAGCUGUUGACGUAGAACAAAUGGCGGAAUGGAUCGAGGAGGAGAUGGAACGUCGGAAGACAAAAUGGCGCAAUCAUAAAAGGGGUAUUAAUUUCCCAUAAAAGUGGCUCAAGCCACUUUUCGCAAAAACGUGUUAAAAUAAUUCUCCCACAAAAGUGGCUUGAGCCAUCUUUUGCAGAAAGUCAUCAAAACAGCAGCCUACUAAUAAAUGGAGUCUUUUGGGGUUUCAAGGGCUUUAUUAUAUGUUAGUUAUUUUCAUUUUAAUUUCCUAAGUCUUUUGAGUUUUCCAAGAGGUUGUAAAAGGCUUAUUUAAGCCAUGGCUUUGUAAUCAUUUGGACAUCUUUUUAUCAAUUAAUCAAAUUAUCCUUUGGGAUUUCUA